AUAUCCCGUAAUAGGCUCACUUCUGGUAUGUUUUAUGAAACAAUCGCGUAUUGUAAACCUAACUAUGAUAAACCUUCCGCUUUAAACAUUACAAUUUCACUUGCAUCAAUUGACACUGGCAUUUCAAAUAGGACCUUCAGUCAAUGAAGCAAAGUUGAAUUUUCUAUACAACCCAGCCAAAACACGUGAAUUAUAGUCACGUGCUAGCUGCUACCCGUGUCAUGACGCCAAUCUUCUCGUUGCACACGAUAGUAUAAUGGGAAAUAAUUUAGCUUUACUACCUAUGGUCAGCGAUUUUGCGUGUGUUGUGGAAACAAGAUUUUUGUAGUAAAAAUAUCUAAGCGAUGACCUAGCUGUAUGAAAUGUAUAUAUACUAUUCCCGAAACCUUAAAAUUAACAAAAAUGGUGAAAAUGCUGGGUGGCAAUGUAAUGUGGUUUCGUCAUGGGCUACGGCUUCACGACAACCCGGCUCUGCGUCAUGCCUUGCAAGACCGAAGAACGCCAUUUUUUCCUGUCUUUGUGUUUGAUGGAGAAACUGCUGGUACGAAAGUAGUGGGUUACAACCGCAUGCGGUACUUGCUGGAGGCUUUAGAGGAUUUAGACACCCAGUUCCGUCAGUAUGGCGGGCGACUGCACAUGAUCAAGGGAAAACCAGAUGAUGUGUUUAGACGUCUUUGGGAGGAGUUUGGAAUAACUAAGCUAUGUUACGAGCAAGAUUGCGAGCCGAUAUGGCGUGAGAGAGAUGAAAGUGUACGAGCUACUUGCAGGCAGAUUGGUGUUGAGUGCCACCAAUUCGUGUCGCACACUCUAUGGGACCCUGAUACUGUGAUACGAGUCAAUGGAGGAAUCCCACCGCUGACAUAUCAGAUGUUUUUGCACACGGUAGCAAUAAUUGGCGACCCACCACGGCCGGUGGAUGACGUGGAUCUCAAGGUGACGAACUUUGGUGUGUUGCCUGACUGCUUCUAUAAGGAAUUUGUUGUUUUUGAGAAGACGCCAAAACCCGAAGAUUUAGGUGUGUAUCUAGAGAAUGAGGACAUAAGAAUGAUUCGAUGGGUUGGCGGUGAGCGAGCUGCCUUAGCACAGAUGCAACAAAGAUUAGCUGUGGAACAUGAAACAUUCCGCAAGGGUUCCUAUCUUCCAACUCACGGCAAUCCUGACUUGCUGGGUCCACCGAUAUCACUAAGCCCUGCGCUUCGGUUCGGAUGUCUGUCCGUCAGGAAGUUUUAUUGGUCGCUUCAGGAUUUGUUUCAAAGCGUGCAUCAGGGAGAGAUGUCAAGCCAGUUUAUCUCAGGUCAGCUGAUUUGGCGUGAGUACUUUUACACAAUGAGUGUAAAUAAUCCGAGAUACGCGCAAAUGGAAGGAAAUCCCAUCUGCCUUGAUAUUCCUUGGAGAGAACCUCAUGGAGAUGAGCUGCAAAGGUGGGAGGAAGGUCGUACAGGUUUUCCAUUCGUGGACGCAGCAAUGCGUCAGCUCCGUACAGAGGGCUGGCUGCAUCACGCACUGCGUAAUACGGUGGCCUCAUUCCUCACACGUGGUACUCUUUGGUUGUCUUGGGAACAUGGCUUGAGACAUUUCCUCAAAUAUCUGCUGGAUGCGGACUGGUCAGUGUGCGCUGGUAACUGGAUGUGGGUGUCAUCGAGCGCCUUCGAAGCCUUAUUGGAUUCGAGCGAGUGCGCGUGCCCUGUGAGGCUUGGCCAACGGCUGGAACCGAGCGGACAGUACGUGAGACGAUACGUACCGGAACUGACAAAUAUUCCGGAUAAAUAUAUUUAUGAACCAUGGAAAGCCCCAAUAGAAGUACAGCAGCGUGCGGGAUGUAUAAUAGGUAGGGACUACCCUCCUCCUAUGCUAGAUCAUCUUGAAGCUGCUGGAAGAAACCAAAGUGCUAUGCAGGAAUUGCGUCGUAUUCUUGACAAAGCUCAGCCUCACUGCUGCCCAUCAUCGGAGGAAGAAAUCAGACAAUUUAUGUGGCUCCAAGAUGUACCGCAAUUCGAUGUCUCCGCAUAAUAAAUAUGACCAAAGAUCUUUAACUGUAUUACGAUAAAUAAUGCUUUUUAAAUUUCUAGUACUCUUGAAUGUCUGAUAUUGUUUUAUCAAUAUUUAAUUUAGUAGCUAAUUAAAAUUGAUACUAUUUGUACUAGAAAUAAUGUGUAAAUGGUAUUUCGGUCAUCAUAAGCAUUCAUAUAUGUAUUUUCAUAACUUGAUAUUAUCCAGGUUUAUUUAAAAAAUAUUUUAGACUAGCUUAUUUUACUUAAGUUAUAACCAUAUUUCUUAUUGGGUAGAUCAGUAGUUUAAUAUACCGAUACUAAUAUAUCGGCGAUACUUUGGGUUUGGCGAUACAUCGGCAUCGGCUAUAAUUUAAUCGUAAAUAUCGGCUUUAAUUGCCGAUACAAAGGUACUUGUAGAUGUUCGCGCUUUUAAAAAGUAAUGUAAACGCGCAUCUUGUCUGAUCUAGUUCGUUGCUAAUGUCGCACGGACUCAAACUCACAAUAUCUUUAUUCAUAUAGGUAAACAAAUAAUUUGACGUUCAUAAGUGUUUAUGAACGUCAAAUAGAAGUUAAAGUCAAGUCAAGGGCGUAGAGCGGGUAAGAACUAGCAAGAAACUACUAUCUAUGCCUGGGGAUUCCUCGCGUUUUAUUCAGUUUGUUGUCUUUUCUAAACUGCUUUGUCCCCGCGAAUGCCAUUUUGCUCGUAGUAUGCGUAAUUGAAAUACAGUUAUUUUAAUUUUAUUAAUAGUGUUACGAGCUAGGGGAUCGGAUAGAAAAUGCCGUAGAUUUCUUCAAGGGUUUAUUUCUUGUCUAAAAAGUAAAGUUUGGUCUAGAAUA